AUGGCUGCCUGGCCUGGGGCACAGGGGAGGGCAGGGGGAUUAGAACCGGUCGAAGGGGUAUCCGGGCUUCGGAGCGCCCUGCCGGCCCUCGAGACCUCCCCUGCGCGGCCCCCAUUCCCGGCCCCUCCCACCCGGAAACCCGCGGUCAGAUCCACGUCUCCCAGCCCCCUCUUCUCCCUGCAGGAGAGGGGUGGGGGCGCCCGUCGCCCAGCCCGGACCCCGCCCCGCCGCGUCCCUGGCCCCGGACUGAUCCAAGGGCGCCCGCUGGGGCCAGGGCUGGACGCCCACCCUGGGCCCGCCAGCCCCCAGGCCACUUUCCCCUGGGCUCUGACCACCGCCAAAAAUAAGUGCGUCCCGCGCUCCGCAUCCCACCCCUCCCGGGCCUCCGGAACUUUCCAAAGUUGCAAAGUUGCGAGGGCCUCGGGAGCAGCGGGGGAGCGAAGCCGAUCUUCAGAGGCCCGGAGCGAGGCCCUGAGCGGGGAGCGGCUGGCGAUUCCCCCCAACACCCCGACGCCAGAGCCGGAGCGGGCUCCGCGGCCUCACCUGGGCUCCCCGAGGCUGUGCGCUGCACUCCCGCCGCGGCUCAGGGGCUCUCUAGCUGCGCCCCCCGGCUCCGGCCCCGCCCGGCGCGCGGCCCCGCCCCGGCUCCAUCCGCAGCCCCCUCCCCCGCCGAGUAGCCGCCAGCCUCCCUCAUGUGACGCGAGAACAGCUGCGGCCUGA